UCUUGCAUUACUUGCAUUUAACUUUGCCAAUUGUUAUUAGAAAAUCCAAUCCAAAAAUCCAAAAAUUUCCCUCCACUUCAUUCACCGUUUCGUCUAUUUUACCAACUCAUCCUUUCUUACUACCACGUUUCCUUUAUAUCUCCUCUAACAAUAUUUUUCAUGGCGGCUAGUCGACGAGGUUCAUUAUAUAGCACCAUAAAAGUUCUAAACUACUAGAUUUAACUCUUGUGCGUAGGAGUCAUCAUCUAGUACAUAAUGUGUGCGGCUAUCGAAUCCCCUGCCGAUCCUGGCGAUUUACGUCGCCGACAGGUGUCAACCGAGACAUCGUCAAACAUGAAUAAUGAGAACCAUGAUAGUGACAGUGAAGAUGCUAAGGAUACUGUAACUUCAUCAAAGCCUAGAAAAACCUACGGCCGUACUAAAGAUGGAACAGUUUUUACGGUACCUACGACCCACGACAUGGUAUCGCAGUUACUUGAUCCUAGAGAACCUAAGAACUUGUCAGAUGCUAUUGUCCUCGCUGUUCUUGCGGUACAUAUUCUAACCCUUUACUUCCUCCCGGAGUCUCUGAAACGGCCUGUUUUCGCUGUCGUUUUCUUAUUCUGGCGUGCUGCUUACAAUCUCGGCAUUGGUAUUCUUCUACGAUUGCAAUCAAAUGAGAAUAGGCUCAUCGCAUGGGCUAAAGACUGGAAGCUCUUCGAGAACCCGGCUACUGGCAAAAACCCACGACCAUGGUUGUACAGCCUCCUUAAGCGUGAGCUGGAGAUCAAGAUCCCUGAGGACUACGAAUUUGAGAAGGCACCAAUCGAGUACAACACUUGGUUAGUCUUCAGAAGACUUGUUGAUCUCAUUCUCAUGUGUGACUUCGUCUCAUACUGCCUGUUUGCAAUUGCCUGCGGCCAUCGCCCAGACGGAGAACCAUUCUACGUUACUAUUGCCCGGUGGUUCUUUGGAUGGCUAACUAUAGGUUUCAACCUUUGGGUCAAGCUCGACGCUCACCGAGUUGUCAAGGACUAUGCCUGGUACUGGGGUGAUUUCUUUUACCUCGUUGAUCAGGAGUUGACUUUCGACGGUGUAUUUGAAAUGGCGCCUCAUCCGAUGUACUCAAUUGGAUAUGCAGGAUAUUACGGCAUUUCCGCGCUCGCUGCUAGUUAUUCUGUCCUCUUUAUCUCCAUUGCAGCCCACGCCGCUCAACUCGCUUUCCUAGUACUCGUGGAAAAUCCUCAUAUCCAGAAGACAUAUGACCCACCCACUCGCAAGAGUGAAGUGCCAGACAGACCCCGAAUUUACAACCUGUUGGGUAUUCAAAAUAUUGAUCUAUUACGGACUGUGGAUUAUUCUACCUUCCUCAUCAAUUCACUUGUUGCCAUCUUGGCUCUUUCCACACCGCAAACGACGUUACACCAGACAAUGUUCUUCUCAUUGGCGCUCGUACUUCGACUCUGGUAUUCUAUCGGCCUAGGCGUGAUUCUUACUCGGCAAUCAAACAGCAAGGCAUGGACACGCCACUUUCUGAAAGUUGGAGAGACUCCAGAGGAAGGUUGGCGACAAUGGAAAGGAUAUUACCAUAUCACUCAGAGCCUGUGCUACGCUACCUUCAUUGGUGCAUGUUGGAAGAUGUACUCCGCCCCGGUUGACUGGAACUACGGAUUUGUACUAUUGAGACAUGUCAUCGGUGCCAGUUUGAUCGCUCUUCAAAUAUGGACUGCUGUGAGCAUAUACGACUCUCUUGGCGAGUUUGGUUGGUUCUUUGGCGAUUUCUUUUUCGACCAAGGCGCGAAACUUACAUACACAUCGAUUUACCGAUUCCUGAACAACCCGGAGAGAGUUCUCGGCACUGCUGGUCUAUAUGGCGCGGCCAUUAUUACCUGGAGCAGGUCUAUAUUCGCAUUAGCAUUGGUUAGUCAUAUUUUGACGCUUGGGUUCCUACACUUCGUGGAGAAACCGCAUAUGCAGAAGAUCUAUGGACGUAACCUUAGACGCGAAGCCGGCUUGACGAAAUUCAUCAAGAAGUCCCUACCACCUCCCGUUGUAGAAUGGCAGUCGGGUGUAGGUAAAAUUAUGGAUGAGACUUCUCACUUUGUUGAAGAUUUCUUAGAUACGGCGCGGCCGAAGUUGGCGGCGGGCGUUUCGACGAUAGUGCGAGAUACAACGGCGCUCUUUAACAAAUACCCGGCGCGUCUCACUUUGACCAAGCUUUCACCCGAUCUUGCAGGUUUCAAUCCGAAGCAUUAUUCCCUUACUGUAGAAGGAGAGUCAUCUGGAUUUUCUGCUUUGUCGGAACGGGCUAGUGGUAAGGAAGGCACGGCUGGUCGGUUCCCAAAUGAGCUGAAAACAAUGAUUUUCGAAUAUGGUGCUCCAAUCAGGGUUAAGUGGAGAGCACCAGCGCAUCACGGCAAGAAAGAUUGGAUCGGUCUAUACAUGGUGGCUGACAACCGCUCUCGUGAAAUUACCGAACUUUCGUCACUUGGACGAUGGAUUCCGGCGGUUCCUGGCCAAUUCCAGUCCACUAUAGCUGAUAGGGGUAUCUUAACUUGGGACCAGCCUGUUGAAAGUUCCGAGAGCAAAGGUGCUAACCUCGUAUCUGGUGAGAUGGUAUUCUCGGGAGAUAAACUAUGGUGGACCCAAGGUGUUUUCGAGUUCCGUUAUCAUCACGACGGUAACCACAACGUGAUGUCGAUUUCGCAACCAUUCGAGAUACACAUCGGCCGCUUUGACUAUGAAGAUAUUGAAACAGACCAUGAAGCUACGGUCCAAUCGGCUAUCGAGUCUGCUCUUCUACCGGUUACACAGAACUGCUUCGACAGAGACCCUGACAUCGCACCUAGUACCCCAUCAGAACCGUUCGGAAGCCAUUUGGAACGGGACGGCAGAUACUCUAAGAGAUUGGUCUAUGCCAUCCACCAGAUGUUCGGUAUUGAGUUUGCGCCGGCUGUGGUUACUGCUGAUGGGAAUGUGAGAAACUUAGCUUGGCGAAUUCAUAAUGCUAAGCAGGUUUUGGCGCCUUACAGCAUGUCUUGCUCCAGAGGAACGACGACACCGGCGGCAGAGAAACCGGGUAGCCCUUGAUUAUAAGGGUAGUAGUAAUUGGGAAAUACAUGAUGCUCAAAAUAUUACGCAACAUUGGAGGGGAGUUGGAAGGUUGGAGUGUGGAAGUCUCGUUUCAAAAUUUUGUUUAUUUUCGAUUUCCACUUUCUGCAGGCAAAGCAUGAGCAUAUCGCAUUUAGUAUUGUUUUGCAUUUGUUGAGAUACCAAAUUACAUGACGUUGGAGGGUAUGAUAUGAUGAGGGGCGGAUGGAAGGAUGUUACAAGUUUGGAAGGCAUUGGUUGGCUGGAUAUCUGUAAACGAGUUGCAUUACACGUGUUUAAAAUGUCCAGUCUAGCGGUGUUUGGUAGUGCGGCAUAUCGUGCAUGGAGGUUUCUUUGAUUCAUGUUAUGUUUUUGUGGUUGAAUGGAGCAAGCAUUUAUUUUGAGCUGAUUGAAAUGGUAGGUAUACUGGUUCGUUGAGUCGGUAUAUUUGUAUAUGACCUGCACAUUGUCACAUAACCCGACGUAGAGAUGUCAUAGCGAUAGUAAAUAAAUGAAAAAUAUUGCUAUA